CUCCAUCAACUGGCGUCUCAUUGACCUAUCACGAAUUUCUGUCACUCUCUACACUCCCCACUCUCACUCUGUGUGUAUAUAUAUCCAUGUCACUCUACUUGUGCUCUCCACGCUCCCGUUAGAGUACGAUCAUAUAUCUCUCUACGUUUUUCAGAAAGUUGUGAAGAUGGUGAAGAAUUAUCCAACGGUGAGUGAGGAGUACUUGAAGGCUAUUCAGAAAGCCAAGAGGAAGCUCAGAGGCUUCAUCGCUGAGAAGCACUGCGCUCCUCUCAUGCUCCGCUUAGCGUGGCACUCUGCUGGAACAUAUGACCAAAGCAGCAAGACCGGAGGUCCUUUUGGGACCAUGAGAUUCAAGGCUGAGCAGGGACACGAGGCGAACAAUGGUAUUGAUAAAGCCAUUGCGCUCCUAGAGCCCAUCAAAGAGCAAUUCCCCAUCCUUUCUCAUGCUGAUUUCUUUCAGUUGGCUGGUGUUGUUGCUGUUGAAAUAACCGGAGGACCUGAAGUUCCAUUCCACCCUGGAAGACCGGAUAAGGACGAGCCCCCGAUGGAAGGUCGCUUGCCCGAUGCCACAAAGGGAUGUGACCACUUGAGAGAUGUUUUUGUCAAACAAAUGGGUCUGAGCGACCAGGAUAUUGUAGCACUCUCUGGUGGCCACACUUUGGGAAGAUGCCACAAGGAACGAUCAGGAUUUGAGGGACCAUGGACUGCUAACCCUCUCAUCUUCGAUAACUCUUACUUCAAGGAGCUUCUAGCCGGCGAAAGAGAAGGGCUUUUGCAGUUGCCAUCAGACAAGGCGCUUCUCUCGGAUCCCGUGUUCCGCCCUUAUGUUGAUAAGUAUGCAGCGGACGAGGAUGCUUUCUUCGCUGAUUAUGCAGUGGCUCACCAGAAGCUCUCUGAAUUGGGAUAUGGCGAUGCCUAAACUGCGGAAUGAUGCACAAAAGAAGACGAUGAGCUAUAUUUUUGUUUAGAAUUAAAAACUCUUUGGGAAACUUGAGAAUUGUUCUGCAUGUAAUGUUCAUCCCCUUCUUAGGAAAAUAACGUACGUGACGCCUCUCUUUCUCUCUUAA